AUGAAAAAAAAAAUAAAAAAAUUAAAAGUUUUUUGGAGUACAUGCUCCAUAUGUCUCGCACUCAAAUUUAUUAUUAUUUUAAUUCCCAUUAUUUGUUUGUUCACACACUCACACACACAAUGGUGUGUUGGUGGUAGUAGUUUAUUGUCAAAAUAA